UCUAAGGAAAUUUCGAUGCAAUUUCUUCAUAACUCUCCCAAAAGACUUUUACACUUUUGUCACAUCCAAUUUCUACAUAUAUUUAUAUCAUCUCAUUCAUACUUAUUCCUCACCAUCAAGUACCACAUGGCCCUUUCACCCGUUUCCACUCCCUUCAAAUGGUUUUCCAACACCAAUUUCAACCUCAACUUCCCUCGCCUUCGCUUCAAACAUAAGCCCACCCGGUCUAACCCUCCUCCUCCACCACUACUCCUCCUCACGCCUGCGCCCCCGCUCGCCGAAGCUGCCUUCCGCCACCUCGAUGCCGAUGGAGAUGGCAAAAUCUCAGGCGACGAGCUCCAAUCCUACUUUGCAUCGGUCGGUGAGUACAUGACACGGGACGAUGCUCGAAGCCUGAUAAGAGAGUUCGACUGGGAUGGUGACUUGUUACUGGAGCUCGGAGACUUCGAACGGCUGGUGAAGGGUGGGGAGGAGGAAGAGAAAGAGGAUCUGAAAAGGGCUUUUGAGAUGUUUGAAGGUGAAAAGGGAUGUGGAUUCAUCGGACCGGCAGGGCUGCAAAAGAUGUUUGGGCGGCUUGGAUACGUUAAAUCCAUAGAAGAGUGCAUGGCUAUGAUCGGAGUGUUUGAUGUUGACGGCGACGGUGUAAUUGAUUAUCGUGAAUUUCUCAGAAUGAUGACUUAACUUAACGGCCUAA